AUGUCAGCUGAACCAAGAAAAAUUCUUUUGUUAAUUAAUGGUGUUUCAUCACAUCCAGAAAGUUAUGAAUCUUCUUACAUUAAACAACAUCUUUUGCCACCUUAUAUGACAUCUUGUUUGCAACUAUAUGAUACUGAAAUUAACAAUUCGUUUAAAGCUCACUAUUGGAAAUUAUUUCUUCAAAAUCUAGUAAAUGCUUUUAAUAAUGAAGAAGAAAUACCUAAACUUAGUAUCUUAGAUGCAAUCAAAUUUAUUACAGAAAA